AUGGCAAAUGGCAGUGGCGCCAGGUCGUCGGGAACCUCAGCCGCGAAUUUGAAUGCGGUGAGGGAAACCAUGGACGUUCUGCUUGAGAUUUCAAGAAUUUUGAAUACUGGCUUAGAUAUGGAAACACUGUCUAUUUGUGUACGGCUUUGUGAACAAGGAAUUAACCCAGAAGCUUUAUCAUCUGUUAUUAAGGAACUUCGCGAGGCUACUAAAGCACUAAAGGCUGCUGAAAAUAUGACAAGCUGACUUUCUGGAGAGAUCCUGAGGAGAUAUGUCAAAUUCCUCAAGAGAAUUUGAAGAUUGCAUUUUAGUCAAGAAUGUACAGUGAAAUUACUGCAUGCAGCAGUGUAGAAAAAUUUU